CUCUUCAGAAUGGCUCUUCUCCUAGUGAUGGGCAUCCCAGCUUCUGGAAAAUCCACAUUUCGACGAAAAAUCCAAACUGCUCACCGGGAGCUUCUCGAAUCCACGUCAUUUGACGAUUUCCGUAUGAUGCGAACGCGCUCCAGUGAUAAAAAUGCGCGCCAAACUCGAAAAUCGUUCGAGUGUCACGUGGAAUCGUGCAUUUCCGAAUCUACAUCGAAAAUUUACGUCAUAGAAGACAUUUUCUAUCUGAAAAGUAUGCGGCACCCGUUUCAAAAAAUCGCCAAAAGGCAUGGCUUGCAGUUUGGAAUAAUUUUUCUGAAAGUUGGAAUAGUCGAAGCGCUGAGAAGAAAUUCGCAUCGAACUGGAAUCGAGAAGCAGAAAAAUGAAACAAUUCGGAAAAUUUUUGAAAAAAUGGAGGAUCCUGAUGAAAUUCUCGAAAAUUCGAUUGUUCUGGAGACGGAUGAGGUGGAAAUUGACGUGGAAGUUGUGAUGAAUAAGCUGAAAUUCGAUUUUACUGCCAAAAAACCAAUAGUUCCAGAAGUUUCACUAAAAAAAUCGCAUAUUCAGAAACCUCCACCACCAUCAAAACUCGAAUCUCUGGAUGUUCUAACCCGUCGAUUGGUGUCUGAACUAAUGCAAAAUGAUAAAACAAUGAAUGGUCGAAAACUCAGUGAUGCUAGGAAGAAGCUUCUGAUAGAUUUAUCUGGAAAUUUGGAAAUUUCAAAUGAAAACGAUCCCAAAUUCUUAUAUGAUCUCAAAUUGAAAUUAAUUGAAUUUUAUGAUAAAUAAAUAUUAUAUAGAUUUU